AUGAGUUCCUUGCUGAGAACUCUCAUAACUUCAAAAUUAGUAAAAGUCACUGUGAAUGACUUUACUUUUGGAAGAAAACCUUAUCUGUUUUCUGCAUAUCUGAUGCCCUUGAAUCGAUAUUGUACAAGUGCUGAAACGGUCAAAAACACGAAUCAAACAAAGGAAAAUCUUCAAACCAAGACGAAUAUUCGUAAAAAUUACAAAAAUAAACCAUAUAAACAAGCUGAUUUGGCAACAAGCUUAGAGUAUUUAAAUUCUGAUGUAUAUAGGAAUACGUAUAGGGGUAAACCUGUGUGGUUUUACUACAGACGUAACUACAAAGGACAUUUUCCUCCAAGUUCCACAAGGAAAAAUUGCGUUUAUCUUGGAAAAUUGAUAAGCUCAAAUCCAUGUCCUAUUUGUCGCGAUGAAUAUUUGGUUUUACAUUAUCAACAUACUGAACUUUUAAAGCAGUUUUUAAAUCCUGAUACACUUCAAAUUUUCUCAACUGCAAAAACGGGUCUGUGUCAACAUCAGCAUAAAAUUCUUCAAAUGGAAGUUGAGAAAGCACGUGAUUUGGGUACAAUUCAAAUGUCUUCACCUUUCUAUUUAUACGAUUACAAUGAUUAUUACGAUUAUCUACCAACUGAUCAAUUGAAUGAAUUACUUAAAAUUAAUGGUAGAAAUAUGAAUAUUUCUUCAACUGAUUUAAUAACAUUACCACCUGAUAUACAAGAUAUACUAAAAAAUUAUCAGUCUAUUCCACACGCAGUAGAAUUUUAUACUCAUUUACCAAAAGUUGAUAUAAUCCCACCGAAAAUGGUCAAUCGUUAUCAAAUGGAAGAAAAAUACAAAGAAUUACUUCAACGUAGUCAUUUAAUUUCUAACGAAGGAAGUUUAUUGAAAUGUAAACGAUUUAUAUGGACAUGUGUAAAUGAAGGUCAUGGAUGCUUAAAUUAUAUUGCUCCACAAACACGGCUACGCGUUGUUGACAAUAGUCCCUGGAGUAGUAUAGCACCAUCAAAUAUUACAACUAGUGGGAAAGAUAAUUCAGGCAAAAAAGUGACACCUAGUGAACAGAAAACAUCUAGAAUAGUUAAAGAUGAUAAAGAUGUAAAACAUUUACUUGCACUUGGCUCAAAAGCACUUACAAUUAAACCAGCGAAAUGUAUUCGUGUUUAUAAUAAAAAGGAUAGAGGAAAAAUUGGUGAUAAAGUACUAGUCGCGGUUAAUGGAGAAAUGAAGAAAGGUUGGAUUGUUGGUUGUCGAUUACCAUCUCAAGAUGGUUGGCCGCGGUUUGAGUCAAAUAAUAUCGUUCUUGUUGAUGACGAUGGCAAUCCUUUAGGUACACGUAUACUUGUACCAAUACCUGCACGUUUACGAAGUUUAUCAGGAGAUAUAACAAAAAUUUUGUCAAUAGCCAGUUCAUUUGUAUAA